AUGGCCGGUCGUGACCCACUAAAGCCAGGAAGUGGUUCCGAUCCUCUGAUCUACAGCCGCGAAGCCGCACCCAAUACUUCUCGUCUCGAAACCAUUCUCUCGCACCUCCUCAAAGGUCCCGCAUUGACCUACAGCUCUGGCCUUGCUGCCUUCCACGCUCUCCUUGUCGCACUGAACCCCAAGGUCGUUGCAAUCGGCGACGGCUAUCACGGCUGCCACGGCGUACUCAGGAUCUACCAAAAGCUUACAAAAUGCAAGAUUGUCGACGUACACAACCCUGAUACCUGGGGAGGCUUGGGCGAGGGAGAUGUGGUACACCUGGAGACUCCGCUCAAUCCCACCGGAGAGGCGUACGAUAUUGAAAAGUACGCCAAAUGGGCACAUGAAAGAGGUGCCGUAUUGACAGUCGAUGCUACCUUUGCGCCACCACCGCUUUUGGAUCCUUUUGCCUGGGGUGCAGAUUUUGUUAUGCACAGUGGAACCAAGUACUUCGGAGGCCAUAGCGAUAUGCUCUGCGGUGUCGUGGCCGUCAAUCCCGCUCGUCCUAAUGCAACCAAAGAAUACUGGGGCAUGUGGGACGAGCGAAUAUUCUUGGGUGCCGUCAUGGGAAGCUUGGAAGGCUGGCUCGGUGUCCGCAGCGUUCGUACUCUCGAACUCCGUGUUCAACGCCAGUCCGAGACUACUACUGCUCUGGUUCAAUGGCUCGCAUCUCUGCAAGCCGGCGAAGGUCCCAAAGAAGACGUUGCCAUUGUUCAGAAGGCUCUUUCACGUGUUCAGCACGCUAGUCUGCAGAAAGAUGAUAUGCAUUGGCUGAAGAAGCAAAUGCCCGGCGGCUACGGCCCCGUGUUUGCCAUCUGGAUGGCCGAAGAGAAGCUUGCCAGGUGUUUGCCCAGCAAGCUUAGUCUCUUCCAUCAUGCCACCAGUCUUGGUGGCGUGGAGAGUCUGAUCGAAUGGCGUCGUAUGAGUGAUGCAAAGAUUGACCCGAGAGUACUGAGAGUCAGUAUCGGCGUUGAGAACGUAGAAGACUUGAAGAAGGAUCUUCUCACAGCCUUCAAGGCUGUCUUGAAUGAUGCUUGA